ACAUCUGGUGGAUGUAUUGUUUGCUCAUAGUAGCAACGACUCCACAACGGGCGACUCAGCACUUGUAGGCUCAAGAGUGUAGCGCAGGCGUAUCUUGAGUGUCGUCGACUAAGGCGUUUUGCUUCGUUCUUGCCUUGUCCACCGAAAGACGAGAUGGAAUGGACCCAGGACAGUGGACACACAUCUGCACACCACCCUCUUGCUACUUGGCCUUACCUUGCUGUCCGUGAGCCUAUACAUCCAAGCCUACGGCAUCUUCCACUGCCAGAUUGCUCUUCUCAAGACAUGAAGCGCUCCACUCGCGCAAGCAGUGAAAAGGAGUCUCCCAAAGACAGUCCGAAUGACUACAAGAGACUUUCAAGAGUCGAUGAACGUAUUGACGUCCCACUGAAAAUCAAGCACACAUCGAUGGGCGUUUCUAGAACCGAUGCUCCCACCACAGAGACGAUACGACACACAAUGAGACUCUGGCCACGCACACCAUUGCGUGCGCCACAUAAAACGCCUUUACUGGAUAGGAUCAAAACCUCAUGGAUACACUAAAGUUUGGGAUCGAUCUGCAAGGCAAGACCGUCUCGUGGCAUUACCGCAACGUUGAGGAGCUACAAAUGACCAUUCGCAAGCUGGAGAAGGUUUUCCCCGUUCUGGGACGAGCUCGGAAUUGAAAUGCCUUAACCAUCUGCCAGAACCAUAAAG